UGAGAGUUCUUGCAUGACACAUGAUAGUUUUUAGGUGCAAACAAGAAUGUUGCAAAUGAAAAAUCGCUUGAAAUACUCUUCGCUUGCUCUCGCUACAAAGAGAUUAUUUUCCUCUGGACAAAGUGAGAAUCCAGUCGUUUACUUGGAUAUUACAGCCGACGGCGAAGCGAUUGGUAGGAUAAUUAUCGAGCUAAACGCUGACGUUGUCCCCAAAACAGCAGAGAACUUCAGGGCACUUUGUACAGGGGAACAUGGUUUCGGCUACAAGGGUUCAGUCUUCCAUCGGAUCAUCCCCGAGUUUAUGUGCCAGGGAGGAGAUUUCACCCACCACAACGGGACUGGCGGGAAAUCCAUUUACGGAAAGAAAUUUGGAGAUGAAAACUUCAAGUUGAAACAUACUGGACCAGGUGUGCUAUCCAUGGCUAACUCGGGGCCAAACACGAAUGGAUCACAGUUCUUCAUCUGCACUGCCAAAACUGAAUGGUUAGACGGGAAACAUGUUGUGUUUGGCCAAGUAAAGGAGGGUAUGGACGUUGUCACUAAAAUGGAGUCUUACGGUUUACAUGACGGAGGGACGACAAAGAAGAUUGUCAUAUCUGACUGCGGGGAGGUCACAUAAGACUCAAAUGUCAUUCUUAAGUUAUGUAUGCAAUCAUAUUUUCUGUGUAUUUAUUAAUAUAUUUACUCCUAACAUUUUAAAAUUGAGGACUUUCAACUUUAAUAGCACGAUCAUCAAGUUGAUUGAGGACACCAGAAAUGUCUUUUGAAAUUCAUGUUUUGAAACACUUGGAUGUUUUUUUUUUUUCACUCUUUUUGGAAAUGAGGUGCUUGUUUAGGAAAGAUCGUUUUUAAGUAAUAUUUUAAUGUUAAGAUCAAGAACAAAACAUGUUGUAUGUUUCAUCCAAAGUGUUCCAUAGGUAGGCUUAAUUCUCUGUGUGUGAACAAUUCUGAUGGAUGCCUUGAUGAAUGAAUGGGUAUUUUGAUGCUUACCAAGUAAGCUCUUUUGUCUGUCCAAUAAGGUAUCACCUUUGUGUCAAACAGUAUAAGCAUAUGAGCUAAUAACCUGAAACUCUGUCAAAUACACGA